AUGGGAUCUGACAAGAGAAUACGCUUUGCCGUCAUCGGCGCCGGUCUGAUCGGGCCUCGUCAUGCUCAGACAGUCAUGGAGAACCCCGACACGGAGCUCGUGGCCAUUGUCGACCCGCUCGAGAGCAACGCUACGUUGGCGAGGGACCUGGAUAUAGCUCACUACCAAAGCCUGCACGUCCCGCUGGCCAAGCAACUUGCCUCGGCCGGCGUCCACGUCCUCGUCGAGAAGCCCGUCAGCGUAGAUAUCACCAGCGGCAAGGACCUCGCCCGACACGUCUCCGCCACGGGCGUCCUCGUCUCGUCCGGUACGCUGGGGACGAUCGUGGCCGUCAACGGGCUCUGGGCCCUCCGCAAGCCGGACGAGUACUUCCAGCAUCCGCCGCUCGACCUGCUGCACUUCCUCUUCGGGCCCAUCACGAGCGUCCACGCCGAAAAAACGCUCUCGCAGCGCGGGUUCGAGGCUGACGAAGGCGCGGCAUUGACACUGCGCUUUCGGUCAGGCGUCGUCGGCAGCUUCGUCCUCGCCGACACGGAUUUUUACCGCAUCCCCGGCACCGACGGCAGCCUCGGCGUGCCGGACAUGCGCAUCAUGUGUGUCAACUGUCAACCUCGACUCGAUAGCGCCGGGACAAAGGAAAUGCUGCAUAUUAGCCGUGGGUCCGAAGCCAUGAGCAUCACAGGCAUGUCGCACCACAUGCAGCUGGGGUGA